AUGGGUUCAAAAAGUGUUGCAUUUUUCCUUUCCCUUAACCUCCUUUUCUUCUCCAUGGUCAGCAGCAACACCCUAACCACUGCAACUCCACCAAACUGCCCGGGAUUGCAUGUUUGCGCCGGCAUUUUGGUGCCCCCUUUUAAACCUGACCCCAAUUGCUGCCCCCUCAUCGCUGGUCUUAUUGACCUUGAAGCCGCAGUGUGCCUCUGCGCCGCUCUCAAGCUCGACCUCGGAAUUCUCAAGGUUAACCUAGACCUUCUCGUCAACCUUCUCUUAAACACCUGUGGACGCCAACCCACCACCUACACUUGCCCACCGUAA